AUGGCCAUUAUCCAGGUUCCAGACGAGUACAGCUAUGUCGUUGGCGCCGCCGUCUCCACCUUCUUCAUCGGCAUCUGGCUCGGCGGGCGCGUAGGCUCCUUCCGCAAAGCAGCCAAGAUCCCGUACCCCUUCGAAUACGCGUCGUACGAACAAAUCCAAACCGCAGCUCCCGCCUCCAAAUCCGCCAUGCUCGCCUUCAACGCCGCUCAGCGCGCUCACCAAAACUUCGGCGAGAACCACCCUACCGCUCUCUGCGCUAUGCUCAUUUCGGGGCUGAGAUUCCCACUGGCGACGGCGGCGCUCGGCGCCGCGUGGAGUGUUAAUCGUAUUUUUUAUUCGGUCGGGUAUACGAGGAGUGCGGAGCGAGGGGGUACGGGCAGGUAUUAUGGUGCUGCGGGUAUUAUAGCGCAUUAUGUUCUGGUGCUUAUGAGUACCAAGGCGGCGUAUGAUUUGAUCAUGGCGUAG